AUGAGAAAUAAUCAAAUGAAUUUAAAAAAUGAUGAGUUAUAAUUGAAAAUCGGUUAACUUACAAAUCAAAUAUAAUCUGACUCAAAUAAAAUGAACAAUAAUUGCAAUUAAAAUGGCAAAACACUUGAAAAUCCUUAAUUUGAUCCUGAUGAUUUCAUUCUUUCUCAAUCUUGUGAGAAUUCCAACUUAAAUUAUUGCUAAAACUUCAAUGGAAAUUACUACAUCCAAGAACAAUACGAAUAUUUAUAAACCUAAAAAGCUGAAACUGAAUCUAAAAAUGAUUAAAACUUAAUUUUUGACUUGAAAAAUCCUUAGUUUGAAGAUACUACUCCAUUUGACUAAGAUAUUUAUCAAUAAAUGUAUUUCUCAAAAUAAAGUCUAGACAUACAAUAAUUAAGAACAGAUAAUUUAAUUCAAAGGGAUGAAUAGUUUUUGGUCGAAAAUUCAAGAACCAUUGCCGACUUAUAAUUUUAAUAGCAAAAUGACUUCCAACCUCAAAAUACAGAUGAUUCUACAUUAAGCAAAACAUUUACAUCUUAAACUGAAGAAAAUAAUAGAACUACUCUAGAUCUAAAUUUUUUAAGCACCCAUUCUAGUUAAAGGGAUAUACAUUCAGAUCUAGAUGAUUCUAAUAUUUUACGUACCGAUAUUAAUCAAAUUGAAAUUGGUCAAUUUCCCGGUAAUUAUAUUUAGUAAUAAGAAUAUCCUAUUAAUACACAAGUUGAUAAUUAGUUCAACUAAUCCACAACAAAUGAUGAAUGUAAUACAAAAAGAAAGGGAAGACCUAGCAAAGGAAUUGUAUAUAAUGAUACCAAAGAAUUUGAAGUAUCGUUAUUGAGAUCUAUUUUCAGAGCAUUUAAGAAGAUUCAUAUUAGCAAAAAUGAAAUGUUCAAAUUUCUCCAAAGGUUACUAGGAAAUAAACUGGGGAAAAGUUAUGAUGAUUUUAGAUAAUAACUUAUGGAGGCAAAAUCAAUGUACCGAACUAAAAGUGAUGGGAGUGGUAAAAAAACUGCCAGUAAAAUAGAGAGUGCAAUUGGAAUGACUGUUGUGUAAUCCAUUUGCUAUUAGUACACUAAAGAAAAGAAGGAGGAGUUCUUCAGAAACCCCAUUAAUUAAACAGUAUUUUUCCACAGUAAAUAGAUGAUGCUGACAUAAUUGAAAACUCAAAAUAAAACCUACCCUGGAAGAAAAUCAUCAAACAAUAAGGGUUCCACAAAUUCUGAAACUAAUUAUGAGAUCAUUAUUGAUACCUUAAUCUCUUCUUACUGUAAGGGCAUCGUAGCUUGA